GCUUCCGCCAUCUUGUCCUCGUCCGCAGGUUGUGGCGUCCAGGCCGCAAGACAAAUCGGUUGCCUUUUCCCUUGUGUCAUGGGCCGUUCGCGGAGCCGGAGCUCUUCUCGCUCAAAACAUGCCAAAAGCGGCAAACACAACAAAAAGCGGAGCCGCUCCCGGGAGAAGGAGCGAGUUAGAAAACGCUCGAAGUCAAGAGAGAGUAAGAGGAACCGGCGCCGGGAAUCGCGCUCUCGGUCGCGCUCAAACACUGCCUCUCGAAGGGAGAGAGAGAGAGCGGCCUCACCGCCCGACAGAAUCGAUAUAUUCGGGCGCACGGUGAGCAAGAGAAGCAGCCUGGACGAGAAACAAAAGCGGGAGGACGAGGAGAAGAAAGCGGAGUACGAGAGGCAGCGUAGGAUUCGCCAGCAAGAAAUUGAAGAAAAACUCAUAGAAGAGGAGACGGCACGGAGGGUGGAAGAAUUAGUUGCCAAGCGUGUCGAGGAAGAGUUAGAGAAGAGGAAAGAUGAAAUAGAGCGAGAGGUUCUACGCAGGGUUGAGGAAGCUAAGCGCAUCAUGGAAAAGCAGUUGCUCGAAGAACUCGAGCGACAGAGGCAGGCCGAGCUAGCUGCACAAAAAGCCAGAGAGGAAGAAGAAAGAGCAAAACGUGAGGAGUUAGAGCGAAUACUUGAAGAGAAUAACCGUAAAAUUGCUGAUGCUCAGGCAAAACUGGCUGAGGAGCAAUUGAAAAUUGUUGAAGAGCAAAGGAAAAUUCAUGAGGAGAGGAUGAAACUAGAGCAAGAAAGGCAACGACAACAAAAAGAAGAGCAAAAAAUCAUACUGGGCAAGGGAAAAUCAAGACCAAAAUUGUCUUUCUCAUUGAAAAGCCCAGAUUAAAUGGCUAACAGAACAUUUCUCACCAAAUCAAGACUGUAUGGUAGCUUCAUGUUGAAGUGUCCCCCCUUUUUUUCCCUGUUUGUUUUGUUUUUUUUACUACUGGAUGUUAUUUUGUUCUAAAAGGGGCUGUGCUCUAAAUUCCAUAUUUUUUUAAUAUAAUUUUUCUUCAGCUGACGUCAAAUCCUUAACCGAUCAUACAUGGUUUUUUCUUACAGAAAUAGUUGAUUGCCAGUUCUGAAUUGGCUAGUUAACUGUUAAUGAGUCAGUAUGAUCUGUUAAGGUUUUAACUAACCCUACUAUCAUUUUCUUUCCUUUUUGUUUUUUAAUGACAUUUGAAAGAAACAUAAGAUGGUAUUAGACAUCUUUAAACCUACCACAGUAUUGUCAAUGCUCUGUAGUGUAUUAAAGAGUCAUUGUCCCCAUGAUGCUAUAUCUCUUGCUCUUGAUGUUCCGGUACAGGUAAGGAUACAGAUGUGUAACAAAAUUCUAAUUUAAAUCCUCUGUAGUUCAGUAUUGUCUGUUCAAAAUUGUUUUUAAUGACAUUGACUCAUGCAGCUUUUCCCCAUAAUGUAAAUACACCAAUUUGCUGAAUAAAGUCUUAAAUGCUUCACGUAUGUUGUGAAUAUUUUAAGGUAUCUAUUAUGGAUUGGUAUUUAGACUUCUUGCUUUAUCCGGCACUUUCCCAAGAAAACCCAUAGGUGUAUGCAUAUUUAAUCAUUUCUUUUUUUAUAAGAAAAAGCUUGCUGUUAUGUGAAUGUUAGUCUUCUGCUGGCCGAGCCCUAUUUUACAGCUGCGGUAUCGUGUUUAAACAGCUGGUUGGCUUAACUGCCUUAGACAAAUGCCUGAAUACCUAACGCCUUCUAAUUAUAACAUAAAGACGCAUGUAGCUGCAAUCAAGUAAAUUCAUCAUCUCCAGUAGAAGUAGCGUUUUGGAACUUAACAAAUGUUUCUCAAAAUGAAGAGCAGACAUUGCUGGAACUAUAAAAUAACGGUCCUAUCAAUGCAAAUGUUUAACAAUUCCAAUUCCUUCCACAAUACUGCCAUACAUAUGUUUUCAUUCAUGCAAAAAAUGAUUGUGCUCUUGUUUACAUUUCUGCAAAAAGAUUUAAGUGUUCAUGCCCUGAAAACCUGUUAAAUAAACUUUUUUUUUUAGUCCGC